AUGCCUCUCACCUCAGAUAUCACCAUCAAUGCCGCCAAAUUUGACCCCGCGUCAAAUUCGGAACAGUCAAGACAGUUGAACGAUGUGAUAGAAUCUAAAUUCGAUGCUGUGGGAGCUUGGUAUGAGGUUGGGGCCGAGAAAUACCGCCAGAUGCGAUGGGCCGGCGAGACCGCUCUCCCACCACCAGUCAUGCUUCCCCAGGCUCUUGACUUCACCAUCCCUUCAAGAGAGAAAGGCAGGGCUAUUCCCUGCCGACUUAUGUAUCCUCAGGCCAGGAAGACAGAGGAGGAGAGGAAGGGCGUUAAGGGUGUUUUUAUGCACAUCCAUGGUGGUGGAUGGGUCCUCGGGGAUGAGAAGAGCCAUGAUGGGUUACUGCAGUUUUAUGCUGAUGUGGGGGACUUGGCGGUUGUUUCUGUGGGGUAUAGAGUCGCUCCUGAAAACCCGUUCCCAAAAGGCCCGGAGGAUUGUAUUGAUGCUGGGGAGUAUCUUGCCAAGAACGCCGAGAGUCUGUAUGGAGCACCUUUGAAAUUUAUGGGUGGAGAGUCUGCCGGCGCACACCUCUCCGUCAUUGUAACAUUCCACCUCCUCAAGACGCAACCUGAAUUCAAGCUUCCGGGUGGCCUUCUCCUUCACUUUGGCGGCUACGACUUAAGCAAGCUCCCCUCGUCUGUGCACUGGAAGCGAAAUAUUGUUCUCAACGGCCCAAUCAUAGAUCGCUUUAUGAACGCCUUCCUUCCCAAUCAUAACCUCGACGAGCGACGGGUUGGUGCCAUCUCACCGUACUACGAAGAUUUCUCGCCAUUUAGAGGCAGACUCCCCAGUGCUCUUUUCACAAUUGGUACAGAGGAUCCAUUGGUUGACGAUACCGUUGUUAUGAGCGUCAAAUGGAUGAUGUUUGGUGGCGAGGCCAUCGUUAAAGUAUAUCCAGGCGCAUGUCAUGGAUUCAUUGGCUUUGCGCCGUCUCUAUUGAAAGAGGCGGGCGAGGCACUCGAUGACACGAAGACGUAUAUUCAAGAUAGGGUCGGGAAGUAA